AUGGGGGAGUCACGGAAGAAAGCCCUGCAGUCUUACUUCGACCGCCUACUGAGGCUCAUCGAGUUUAACGUGGCUGUGGAGGAUGACUUCAUCCAGGUUGCUCACAGCUAUGAAGCUUCGAGGAGGAAGUGGCAGCAGGCAGAGAAGGUACUGAGGGAGAAGCAGGAACUGCUGCUCCGAUGUGAGAUUGAGCGCUCAGCGCUGCAGGUGAAGCUGAAACACGCCCGCAACCAGGUGGAUGUGGAGAUGAAGAGGCGCCAGAGGGUGGAGACUGAGCUGCAGACGGUGGAGCGGCAGAUGCAACUGAUUGGAGAUCUCAUACAGAAUGACGGUCAGACUGUGGCCCCCCUCAGUGACUCCGUACUGGCUUUUUUUGGUGGACAGAGGACUGCCACCCAUGGAGCUGGCAACAGGUUGUCCAUGGUGGACGAGUCAUGCGGCUCCUUCCUGUCAGACAUCAGUUAUGACCAGACGGAAGACGACCUGGAUCUGGACGAUCUGGCUGGAAGACCUGUAAAAUUAAAGCCACGGGAGAGAAGGCGUUCCUCUCUAGCUCCUCUGGUCACCCACUUUGCGAAAAAAUCCAGGCCAAGUCUAAAUACAGCCAUGGUGAACGAUCAAAUCAAAGAGGCCGUAAUCGCAAAGACAACAAUGUUGAUCUCAGACGGGGGUCCCAUCCAAGCCACGUCCUCCAUUGAGUCUGCGCCGCGCCGCAGAUCCCGGAAGAGUCGUCCUCUUUCCUGCUUCCACGAUCAGUCCUCUGUGCUACCGCAGAUCAAUGAGACCGAGCAUGAGCUGGAUCUAGACAUUGGUCCUCCCACCCUGCAGGUCCCGUGGCAGGCGCAUGUCUUCCUCUCCAAAACUAUGAUCCGUGCUGAACAGUGCUCAGUCUGUGGACACAAGACCAGAUUCGGGAAGAUGUCCUUGAAGUGCCGAAACUGUCGGAUUCUGCUACAUCCUGAAUGCAGAGACUACUGCCCCAAGCAGUGCCCUCCAGCCUUACUGCCUGUUCAGAAUCCGAUCCUGAAAAAGGGGCAGAUAUUGCUUUCCAACUUUGCUCCUGCCACUCCUCCUAUGGUGCCCUUGCUGGUGGUCCAGUGUGUAAAUGAGAUCGAAAAGAGGGGUCUAAGGGAGAGAGGUCUAUACCGCAUCUCAGGCUGUGAUCGGCAGGUGAAAGAGAUGAAACAGAAGCUUCUGUAUGGUAAAGUCAAGUCACAGCAGCUCUCGAAGGAAGACGUACAUACCAUCUGCAGCAUUCUAAAAGAUUUCCUGCGCUCCCUACAUGAGCCUCUUCUGACCUUCUCCCUCCAUGCCCAUUUCCUGGAUGCAGCUGAUAUUCUCAAUGAGAGUGAUAGUAAAACUGAGAUCUGUCAAGCUGUGCAAGAUCUCCCUCCUGCCAAUCGAGACACCUUGGCUUUCCUCAUCCUCCACCUGUACAGGGUGAUGCGCAGCCCGGAGUGUCAGAUGGAUAAAAUGAACUUGGCUCGAGUCCUCGGCCCGACUAUUGUUGGGCACUCCGUGCCAGAUCCCAGCCCUCUCAUGAUCAUGCAAGACACCCCCAGACAGGCCAAGGUGAUGUCUCUUCUGCUGUCUCUGCCUUCCGGAUUCUGGAAUCAGUUUCUCUCCAACAACCAGGAGAAUGAGCAUUGUGACUCAGUGAGCACGGCACAAGAGCGUCUUUUCCGUCCGCUGACGUCUCCCGAGAUCAACUCUUCGCUGGCUGCUCCUCUGAAGCCCGGCGUCCCCUCCCCGUACUUAACCGAGUCCGCCAGCAAAAGUGACCUGGUGAGGAAACCGGGAAGGUUUUUCACUUCUCCAAACAACUGA